UUUUUCAUGGCAUUGAGAUCUGACUCGAGUUUGUGUACGAACGCGCGAGCCUUAUCGAGAUAUUGAUAAAAAAAUCCCUGAAACAUUCAGUAUUGUGCCAUAUUUCAUGCUGGAGUGUCUCGACAAUGGCGCAAAAUAACCAAGAAGUUGGAAUGAAGUGCAUUAAGUACAUGCUUUUGUGUGUAACAGCCAUUUUUGUGCUUACGUCAGCAUUAAUAAUCUCAGUGGGCACAACAAUCUACGCCAUCUACUACGAUGUGUCGUUCUUCCUGUACGACCAGAUGUUCUCGCCAGCAACCCUCAUCAUCGUCAUCGGAAUUCUUAUGCUGUUCGUGUCUCUGUUCGGAUGCAUCGGAGCGCUGAAAGAGAGUACCUGUCUUGUUAAUACUUUUGCAGUAAUCCUGAGUGCAGUAUUGAUGCUGGAGAUUGGAGCAGCUAUUGCAGCAUACGCGAUGAGAGGCCAGGUUGCUACUAUGUUGGACAACAACCUCAGGGAGACCCUGCCGUACUAUUACUCCAAUCCUGAAGUAGCCAGCAGUUUUGACUUCAUUCAAAACAGGUUGAAUUGCUGUGGUGUGGACACAUAUUUGGACUGGAGUGAAGUGCCUGACGCACCAAAGAACGAAGGCAUUUCAGUAUCCAAUAUCACAGUGCCCUACAGCUGCUGUGCUGAAACAAGAACACGGAUCAUCGAAGACAUAGAAAUAGACGAGUGCAUCAAAAUGUACUCCAACGGCUGCUUGCCCAGAAUAACUUACCUUAUCUACCAAAGUGCCGGUCUGUUAGGAGCUGGUGCUAUGACAAUUACGUUCAUACAGAUCAUCGGAAUUGUAUUCUCAUUCUCUCUGGCCAGUUCUAUCCGUAAAGCGAAGUCGGAGCGCGAACGCAGACGGUGGGAGAUUCAAGAGCGUAUGAUCAACGCCUACACUUCUCUGAGUCCGGAUUCUGAAAAGAAACCAGUUGUCUAUGUCCCGUUCCAAGGGCAAACUGUAGCAUAGAGUGAAGUGUAAAUCUGAAGACUGUGUGAUUUAUUUAAUCGAUUUUAUUUUGUCUUUGUCUUCAUGAAUACAAAAUCGACGUAUUGAAAUGAUCUGAAAAAUCUUAACUGAUUGUUUCAUUAACAUAAUAAAAAAAUAUUACCUACGAUUGAAUAAAUCACAAUUCUUUUAUUUAAAUUAUUUAAGUAUGUUUUCUUCUUAUUAAUACACAAUUUAAUUUGUACCCUAUUAAAAUAUAAUAGGGUACAAACCUUUAAAAUCUAAUUUUAUUAUUGUAAAUCUGUGUUAAUAUCGUAAAUAUAGUGCUAUAAAUAUUAUAGACAUAUUUGAAAGGAUUCCAAUUAAAUGUAUCCUUAUUUAUUAAUUAAAAUUAAUAUGAAAUAAA